GUGUUGACAUGACGAGAGCAAAGCUUUGGUCUACUGACAAUGGUGGAAGGCAAUGGUUGUGUCAACGACUUUUCGCGCACUCUCGCAGCAGUUGUCUGGGAGUCUAAAAUACCGAACGACGCAGUGACAAUCUUUUCAGGCGGCACGGAGGGUGUUCUAUGUCCGCAUGUCACCUUCAUUGUACGGUCGCACGAGGCAACAGGACUUUCAGCAACCGUAGGGCACACUAAAGCUCUUGCACCCGAUCAAGUUGGGACGGUGGAGCACGCUGGCGAAGUCUCUCAAACGGUGACUUCUCUGGUCAAAGAACUUGGAGUCAGUCAAGAGCAGGUCCAGCUUGUCCUUAUCAAAUGUCCACUGCUCACCUCGGAGAAGUUGGAGACAAUCCGUGGUCAGGGCAAGCAUCCUAUCACUACUGACACAUAUGAGUCAAUGGCCAAGUCGCGGUAUGCUAGUGCAGUGGGCAUUGCAGCAGCAUUGGACGAGAUUGCAGAAGCCCAGGUCGAGGAAGCCUUGAGGACUGAACAUCCUUGGAGCGCAAAAGCCAGUUGUAGUAGCGGAGCAGAACUCGAUGACUGUCACAUCUUUGUUCUUGCUUCGGACAUUAAAAGUGCAGCUCAAGGACAGCUAGGUGCGAUUUCCAAGCCAAUGAAAGAUGCCAUAGAUGCCAGUGUCAUCAUUGAGCUAUUGGAGCAGAUCAAGAAGGAGGGUGGCCAAGUCGUCCAAGUUUUUGCAAAGGCUGAGGCUGAUCCUCGAGGUCAGAUCAGGGGCUGGAGGCAUACUAUGAACACUGACAGUGAUCUUCACAGUACGCGCCAUGCAAGAGCCGCUGUUGGAGGACUCAUUGCUGGACUCGUCGGUGAUACACAGGUUUAUGUAUCUGGCGGAGCAGAAGGACAGGGACCUUCAGGAGGCGGAAGCCUGUGCAUCGUAUACAGAGUGCCGUAACUUUGACGCGUAUCUGUUUCGGAAUGUCACGAUGUUCUUCCUGCGCCACGAAAUCUAUGCAGAUAGAUAUUGUACCCAAAAACGCGUUUUCGCCCUUGUUGUAUGGUUGACGAGUAUGGGGACAUAUUA